AUGACCAGGAUUGGCCAAGCCCCAGAUCACUUGGCUUCAACCUUGCAUGUGUUUAUUGCUGGGGUUGCUGACUAUGAGAAGGAACCAGGAUUCACCUCUGUGUUGGCAUCUGGAGAGACCUCCCAGGGUUCAUUCUCCAGCUCCAAGUGCCAAUUCAGAGGCUUCUGA